AUUUCAAUUUUCAACCAGCAUCUUCAGUCUAACAUGCCGUCACUAAUAAAUGAUAGAAAUGGUACGUCAAACGAUGAAACUUGGGAAAUGGAGAGCGGAACGUCUGAACCGUCUGAACACAUCGCGCUGAUAGAUAGUUUAUUUGACCCUCAACGAAACAUAUUCGGGACCACCGCUGACUCUUUAUCAUUUGCGUUAGCCACUAACAGCUAUCCUACAACAAGGAACGGUUUCCCUUUUUCCCUUCCGCAAAAUUUCACUUUCGUAAUUCGUGAAGGGACGAAUCAUGCGAUUGCGGCUGGAACAGUUUCUCACACCACUCCAGAUCUCUUGACCGUAUUGCAGGAUGUUCAAGGAAAUGAAAUUCUGUCAAUACGAAAACAGGUCUUACCAUCGUUUAGUGUCGAGUGCCGAGCGUUUGACAUAAGACGAGUGAACACUGUCCACAAAUUCGAUGUGUAUAAGGGUGGCAGACGAAUCGGUCUAAUAACGUUCGGAGACGGAGAACCAACACGUACAUGCCUCAAAAUUUUCGGUGCUGAUGGGAACUCACAGUUGGUUGUUAGAUCGGUGACAAAGGGAGAAUUCGCCGUGUUUCGUGACCAGUCGUCAAUCGAUCCUUUAUGUAACAUUAAAGCGAAUAAUCGGUUUGAGUUCCUGACACAUUCGUUUGACUUUUCCGGGAAUAUAACAUUUUACCCUGACACAGGAAUUACAAUAGAAGAACAGCAAUUGUGUACUGCGGCAACUUUUGCAUAUAAAAUUUGUGAAGUUCAACUGAAAACGACAAGAGAAAUCCAAAUAAGAUCAACUCGAAUCUGGAAUGUGGUUGGAUUCAUCUUGUUGGCGAUGUGCCUAUAUUUGAUCUAUUUAUGUAACGUCAUCAUUUUCAACCAAUUAGCUUAGUUCGUUUGAGCCAAUUUAUUUUAAAUGGAUUCUAUGUUCAUUGAAAUCCUUUAAAAUCGUUUGGUAUCUUCAAAAACAUUUUCUUAUUGACUUUCACAACUAGAAAAUAAUAAUUCAAACAGUUGCCCACCUCAAAUUUUCAAAUUUGUUUUUUAUUCAGUGCAUGAUUGGCGUCUUCAUCAGGAGCGUCUUAUAGGUAUUUCCGUUUUACACCUGUAAUCGUCUUAAAGUUCGCAAAAUAAUAAUCAAAUUUCAACAAAAACUUUUCGACAAUUUUAGAAUAUCAACAAAAAAAGUAACUUUUGCUUCGUCUUAUUUCUUCAGGUUCUGUUGUUGGACGAUAAAAAAUGAACAUGCUGAGAGAAAUCAAAAUCUAAAGUAAUUAUUCUUAGAACAAAAAGCGAAAAAAAGAUAUAAAAAUUACAAUGAAACGCCAUACGUUU